GAGAGGGGGGCUCACAAAAAAGCGGACGUAAACCGAAAAGAAGCCUUUGAUUCAGUUGGGAGAUAAAGAGGAUCUGUUUGGCCGGAGUUCAUAUCGAAGAAAAUGGCAGCAGAAGAAGGUCAGGUCAUCGGUUGCCACACUGUUGAAGCAUGGAACGACCAGCUCAAGAAGAGCAACGAAACUAAGCAGUUGGUGGUUGUUGAUUUCACUGCCUCGUGGUGUGGACCAUGUCGUUUCAUUACACCUUUCCUGGUGGAGCUGGCUAAGAAACUGCCUCAAGUUUUGUUUCUGAAGGUUGAUGUUGAUGAACUCAAGUCAGUUGCCACUGAUUGGGCUGUUGAGGCAAUGCCGACGUUUAUGAUCUUGAAAGAAGGAAAGAUUUUGGACAAAGUGGUUGGAGCAAAGAAGGAGGAGCUGCAGCAAACCAUUAACAAGCACUUGGGCUCUGCUUCUGCCUAAUUAUGAGACUGCAUUCUUCGUUUAGCUUUAGAGGAUAUAAACCUCAGUAUAUGCUAUUGGUGUGGACAUAUUUAAAUAUUUAUACAUUGAAGCAGACUUGGUUAUGUUUUUGGUGAAUUCUAACUUGAUAAUAUUCCCUUCUAUAAAGUUCCUCUCAUGGUCAUUUCCAAUA